GAAUGGUGGGAAUCAGUGGAGUGGGAUGAUCCUAAUGCUAAGAACCUCCUUCAACCUUUCCUGAAAUAUCAUUGGUGGUGAUUGAGGUGUGAAGCAAAUAGAGGCAAACUGCAAAGGGAGUUGUUGACAAAUCGUUCCUUUCCAGAAAUCAAAGUCGCGUGCCACCUCAUGACACGUGCCAAUAAAAACCUCUUCCUCAAUUCGUCCCUUUUGUCCUCUCUCAGUGAAAACAAUUGGGUAUUCUAGAAGAGAAAACGGUAUGUCCGAGAUUGAAACCCUAGGUGGGUAUAUUCUAGAAGACAAAGAUGACCAGCCUUUGCUGGCUCACAAACUCCAACCAAGGUUGAAGCAGAAGAGGUGGUGAAAGUUGAAAGUGGAACUAUAAAGAAGGCUGACAAUAAAGCAGUGAUCAAUACUAGCAACAGGCCUCCGGCACCCAGCACCCAAGAAGUUUCCUGCAGUAGGAAGCACUACUCCUUAUGUGGGAAGGAAAGCAGGAGACAAGAAAGCAGGGAAAGUAAAGGAUUCCAAGCAAGGCAAUAUCUCAUCGUUCUUCCAGAGAGUUAAUUUCUGCAGAUUAGCAGGAUGAGGUUUCUACUUCUUCUUCCUAGCCAUAAUUCUUCAUUGGAUCUCGUUCUUCCUUUUGGUUUGACAAUUAUAGAUCUAGUUCUUCUUCAUCUACAAUGGGAGGCCUGAUUCUCUAUAUCAACACUGGUGGUGGCAGCCUAAUUCCUGUCAACUACUGAGGAGAUUCAGCGCAGAGAGCCCAGUUCAAGUCAAUGGUUUGUGUGAUGCAAUCUGUGAUUCCUAAGGAGAAGAAAUCCUUCCGUAGAAUUCCUCCCAUGAAGAUCUUUAAAGCUGAGGUAUCAGGAGUACAAUGCAUCAAUUGAGUACUACUGGGCUUCCUUCAUACUGGAGUCUAAUUCAUACCAUGCAACAUAUCAUACUGUGCUGAGAUGAUUGGUGAACCUUGCAGCCACAGCCAAACAUGGUAGGAGCUAGAAAGAAGUUGAUGUGUUGGUGUUUGAGUGGUGGAUGCAAAACGUAACAAACCUCAGAUCAAUGCUAUUUAUGGAACACCUGGGAUUGUUCAAGAAUAUAAUGUGACAACUACUUGCAAAUUGAGAAACCUAGGCAAAUUGGUAAGAAUCCAACAUCAGUGCUCUUUGUCCCCAACACACGUGGUAUGUUUCACUUGCUGUUUUCUAUUAAGAAACAUCCCAAAUCCCCAAAUUAUGAAGAUGAUGAUAAUAUAGGGAGCUAUCAAGCUGUUAUAAACCAUUUUUAUGAAUUAGGAGUUAAUGCUUCCUAUGUUAAUCUUCUUUUCUUUUCAAAUUUAUAAGAUUUUUUUUUUAAUAAUAUGAUUUUGAUUACUGAUCAAUAAUCAUGAAUUUGUAUAACCCUUCAAGGUUUUCACCUCUUCCUCCAGAACCAGUUGCUCUAAACUAUGGUCAUGAUGCAAAUCAUGAAAUCCCUCUGCUGCUGUUACUAGACCCAGUUUUGAGGAUAGUGUAUUUACCUAUUUCCAUCUCCACGCAUGUCAGUUUGCAAUUGUAUUCUGAAAUUCAGCGGUGAUUAUGGUUUUCUGAUUUGCAUUGUUCAAAUUAUCCGAGGAAUUGAAGAGGAAAGAGAGGAAGAUUGGUUAUGGCAGUUGAACUUAACCAACGGUAGGAGGUAUAUAUAUCAAGGAGAUUGAACUUGUGACACAUGUAGACUUUUACAACUUGCACUCAUCUGUUUCUUUUGGGACCUACAGCAUGGGAAGUGAAGCUGAAAGAAAAAGCUUUAGCAAGAGGAUUGGUUCUAUGCUUUUUCUAAAAUGACAUAGCUGCUACUGUAACUUGCAUCAAAGGGGAAGGUUGGAAGCCAGGUGGUAAUGAGAACUGCAUCAAUUAAUCUUAUCCAAUCCAAGAAGCAUUAUCCUGGGGAAUUGGAUCUAGUCUUGCCAUCAUGGAAAUAGUUCGCAACAUCUUACAAGAACUAAAGAUCAACCAUCACAGUUUUGAACGUCACACAAUUGUUAAAAGAUCAGAAAGAUGCUCAUAUUUGUUUAUGGUGAAUAGAAGAGCAGACUCUUGACAGGGAAAUUAAGAAUGUAAAAUCAAGGUAUUUAUAAAACAAAGAAUGAGUCUUCAUUUCCAAAUCAGUUUGCUGCUAAGCCAUUUCCAAAUUAGUUUCCAAAUCAACUAUCGAU